GGACUCUUCUGACCAGCUCAACGAGCGCCACUGCGUAUUCGUGCGGUACCCUAUUCGAGAGCAAAAGGAAGAGAGAGAGAGAGAGAGAGAGAGAGAGAGAGAGAGAGAGAGAGAGAGAGAGAGGCAUCAGUGGAGCUAUGACUAUGGCGAUGGCGAAGGGGAGGGCUUGGCUCACGCUAUUUCUGCUUCUAGCGUCGACGUUUGCAGCCGGAGCCUUUGCCAAAUCUUCAGCGAAGGGACGCAAGAGCUUGGGGGCUGACACGUCACACCUCUCUACUACUGAUAAGGACGAUUAUUCGAAGAGAGAGGUUCUGCAAAAAGAAGAAGAAGCAACAGUCUGUGAGACUGCUGCAGACAUGCCACUUGGUUGUGUGCCAGCUUGUACGGGAAAGGGGCCUGACAUCGCCGUUAAUGGCAACGGCGAGCUGGUGACCUAAAUCCUGACCUUUGUAAAAGAUCCAAGAUCGGGUCUAGGGAGUUCCGCAUAAAGUCCAAUC